AUGUCGCGGUUUAAUCUCAAGCUAUGUUUCCGCAAAGCUUUUCUCGCUGUAUUUCUACCUCUGGCUACAGGAGCCUGUGUUGAUUUAGAUCUUGGAGUGGGAAGUGGGACAAUUCCAGAUAGUGACAUAACUGCUUCUUCGAACCAAAGUAUCAACACACCGGCCAAGAAUGGUCGACUGAACUACACAUCAGGAUCGUCAUGGUGUGCAGGAACAAGUGAUCUUAACCCAUAUCUACAAAUUGAUCUACAGACACCUCAUAUCAUCUGUGCUGUGUCCACUCAAGGGAAUUCUCAAGCAGAUCAGUGGGUGAAGAGCUAUAGACUACAAAUAUCCACAAAUGGGACAACUUGGACAGACUUCAAGGAGGAUGGACAAGUAAAGUUUCUGAGGGGAAACGAGGACCGGAACUCAGAAGUGAAGCAUGUUGUUUAUGGAGUGUUAACAAGAUAUCUGCGAUUCCUGCCACAAAAACACCAGGGUGGGGUGUGUAUGAGAACAGAAGUGUUUGGAGUGGAACAAAACCCAACUUGUGAAAUGGAGGCUAUUGGUCUGGCCUUUAAUGGUAAAAUUCCAAACAACAGCUUCACAGCUACAUCAUCCUUUGAUGGUAGAUAUGAGCCUCAUGAUGGUCGCCUGAAUGCAAAUGGACGGGGUUGGGGACCCUUAGAUAGAAAUGAUCCUAAAGACUACUUACAAAUUGACCUUUUGUUUGAGUAUGUUAUCUGUGCUGUGGCUACUCAAGGAAGUAAAGGAUCCAAUGAAUGGACAACUAAGUACAAGAUUUACUUAUCAUUGGAUGGUAAAAAUUUUGUCGCCUAUAAUGAAACCGGUGUUGAAAAGGACUUUACUGGAAACACGGAUAGAGAUACCAUAAAAAAAAACAGUCUACAGGAAUUCGCAAGUUCAAAGUUUAUCCGCUUUUGGCCAACAGCAUAUCACAAUUGGAAGGUUCUUAGAGUGGAAGUUUAUGGAGUACUUCUAACUAAAGUGCCAUCACAACCUCCUGCUGCCUUCAAUUUGACUGCAAGCUCUUCUACCAGCAUUAAAGCUUCCUGGCAGCUACCACCAAUCUUUGCCAGGCAUGGAAGAGACAUUACAGGGUUUAAACUGUUUUACAGAGAGAAGUGCUUUGCAGGGUGUUUUUCCUUCUUAAAUAUUACUAGUGGAUCAACAUUCAGCAGACUUGUGACUGGGCUCAAAAAGUACACAGAAUAUGAAUUUCAAGUCCUGGCAUAUACUUCCGAUGGUGAUGGACCGAAGAGCCCUGUUGAGGUGGAGAGAACACAGGGAGAUGAUUGUGUUCAGUAUGAUCUUGGAAUGGAAGGUGGAAACAUUCAACACAGUAGGAUAACUGCUUCUUCUUCCAGCACAUCAACUGCGAAUGGUCGACUAAACUAUGCAUUAGGAGCAUCAUGGUGUGCAGAAACAAAUGACACUAGCCCGUAUCUACAGAUUGAUCUGCAGACACUUCAUAUCAUCUGUGCUGUGUCCACUCAAGGGAAUUCUCAAGAAGAUCAGUGGGUGAAGAACUACACACUACAAAUAUCCACAAAUGGGACAUCUUGGAUAGACUACAAGGAAGGUGGACAAGUCAAGUUUCUGAGAGGGAAUGACGACAGGAACUCAGAAGUGAAGCAUGUUGUUUAUGGAGUGUUAACAAGAUAUCUGCGAUUUCUGCCGCAAAUACACCAGGGUGGGGUGUGCAUGAGAACAGAGGUGUUUGGAGUGGAUCAAAAGCCAACUUGUGAAAUGGAGGCUAUUGGUCUGGCCUUUGAUGGUAAAAUUCCAAACAACAGCUUCACAGCUACAUCAUCCUUUGAUGGUAGAUAUGAGCCUCAUGAUGGUCGCCUGAAUGCAAAUGGACGGGGUUGGGGACCCUUAGAUAGAAAUGAUCCUAAAGACUACUUACAAAUUGACCUUUUGUUUGAGUAUGUUAUCUGUGCUGUGGCUACUCAAGGAAGUAAAGGAACCAAUGAAUGGACAACUAAGUACAAGAUUUACUUAUCAUUGGAUGGUAAAAAUUUUGUCGCCUAUAAUGAAACCGGUGUUGAAAAGGUCUUUACUGGAAACGCGAAUAGAAAUACCAUAAAAAAAAACAGUCUACAGGAAUUUGCAAGUACAAAGUUUAUCCGCUUUUGGCCAACAGCAUAUCACAAUUGGAAGGUUCUGAGAGUGGAAGUUUAUGGAGUACUUCUAACUAAAGUUCCAAUACAACCUCCCACUGCCUUCAAUUUGACUGCAAACUCUUCUACCAGCAUUACAGCUUCUUGGCAGCUACCACCAAUCUUUACCAGACCUGGAAGACACGUAACAGGGUUUAAACUGUUUUACAAAAAGAAGGACUGUGGAGGGAGUUUUUCCUUCUUGAAUAUUACUAGUGGAUCGACAUUAAGCAGACUUGUGACUGGGCUCGAAAAGUACACAGAAUAUAUAUUUCAAUUGUUGGCCUACACAUCUAAGGGUGAUGGACUAAAAAGUUCUGUUGAAGUGGAAAGAACAAUGGAAGAUGCUCCUUCGCGACCUCCAUCUAACUUCUACGUCACUGCAACUUCUUCUACCACUGUUACCGCAUCAUGGCAACUACCACCAGUAGAUUCCAGAAAUGGAAUUAUCAAAGGAUUUAAAGUUUUUUACAAAAGGAAAGACUCUGCAGGGUCAGGAAUCAUCCUUACUAUCAACGGUGAAUCAACUUUCAACAAAAAUGUCACUGGUCUUAAUAAGUACACAGAAUAUGAAUUUCAAGUGUUGGCCUUUACUUCUGUUGGGGAUGGACCAAACAGCUCUGUGGUUGUUAAGAGAACAGGCGAAGAUGUUCCUUCACGGCCUCCUGGUGGCUUUACUCUGACUGCAACCUCUUCUACUAGUAUAACAGCAUCCUGGCAGUUACCACCAGAAGACUUCAGAAAUGGAAACAUUACAGGAUAUAAAUUGUUCUACAAAAAAGGAGGCUCUUCAGGGCCAGCAAGCAUGCAGCCCAUUAACAAUCAGGCAACUCGCACUCAAGAGGUCACUGGGCUUGAUAAGUUCACGGAAUAUGAAUUUCAAAUAUUAGCAUUCACUUCUGUUGGGGAUGGACAAAAUAGUACAGUUAGUUUUAAGAAAACAAAGGAGGCUGCUCCUUCAGGAUCUCCCUCUCAGUUCAAUGUCACUGUAAACUCUUCAACCAGUAUUACAGCCUCAUGGCAUUUACCACCCGAAAGCUUCAGACAUGGAAUCAUCAGAGGAUAUAAACUUUUCUUUAAAAAGAAAGACUCCGGUUCAACAACCUCCUUGACUAUAAACAAUGCAACAUCAAAAAGAGUCACCAACCUUGAUGAAUACACUGACUAUGAAUUUCAAGUGUUGGCCUUUACUUCUGCUGGUGAUGGACCAAAAAGUCCUACUGUUUCAACGAAAACAAUGGAAGAUGCUCCCAGUGCACCUACGUUUUUGUCUUUUGUUAAUGUGCCACCUAACAAUUUGCAUGGUCCCAGAGCAACCUUGUCUUGGAGCAAGCCUGCAGAACCAAAUGGAGUUAUCAGAAGUUACACUUUGUUUUACAGUUACGGUGGAGCUGUGCCAAAAGAGAAUUCCGGAUUAGACAAAGAUGCAUUGAGUCACACAGUUGAUGUGUUGGGUGGAGUGACGUAUCAGUUUCAUGUCAGAGCUCUGACUAUUAAACCGGGACCAAAUGGGACAAUAAAUGUAACCACCAAGGAAUAUGCACCCAGUGCUGGCCCAGAACCUGCUUCACCCUCUCCAGUGAACAAGACGACUUUUAACAUUUCAUGGGAACCUUUACCAAGAGAAAAGAGUUAUGGAAAAGUUACUUUGUAUGAAGUUAAGGCCAUCUUCUUAAAGAAGGAAAAUUCGCGCAAAAGAUCUGUCAUCAACAGCCUCUCUGCCAAUACCUCAGCGACAUUUGUUGUCCUGUCUGAUUUCGAGCUUUGUUCUAAAUAUAAUGUUUCUGUCCGAGCUUACACUGCAGCAGGGUCUGGACCCUAUGGCGAACCUUCGGAACUGAAAACGUCAAGACCUCAGCCACCAGGGGACUUUAGAGCAACCCACUCUGGAACAACCCAGGUUACACUGACGUGGAAACAAUACGAUGGAGAGGGAAAUAUUGAGUAUACUCUGAAGUAUACUGGAACAAAGGAUUACGAUAAAGCGUUCAAAGAUGGUGAGAAGAUUGUAAAACCAAUACAGAAAUCAACGCAAACGGUAACUGGGUUAAAUCCAGGCACCAAAUACGUAUUUGAAGUUUAUUGGACUUCUGUUUGUGGCAAAAGUGUUUUCAAAACGUUAUCAGUGGAAACAGAUAUGAUGGCUCCUGAACCUCCAGAUCCACAUAAUGUGACCGAUGUUGAGAUUUCCGAGACAGCUGUUGAUAUUUUUCUAUGGCCUGUUGAGCAAAAAUAUGGUCCAAUAAGUGCUUAUCAGGUUAUCGUUCUGAAAGUUGUCGAUGGUGUUGAAAAGCUUCCGGAGAAUUAUGAUUCUCAGCUGAAGGCUGCCAGUGAAGCCAAGAAAGACGACGUGAACUUUUACAUUGCUGCUGAGAUAAAAAAUGUCCCAGCAGUUGAAAAACCUUGGAAAUUUACUGUUGGCGAUGGUGAAAAAACAGAAAUAUAUGUGAAUGAAGAACUUGAAAAAGGACAGAAUUACAUAGUGUACGAGAGAGCUCUAACUGACACCACGAAGGAAGUAUUAAAAGGAGAAGUAGAGAAAGUUGCCAAAAUCACCAUCACCCCGACCAAUACGGGAGCUGGGACAACGGAAAAGUCCAGCGGUUUUAACGCUGUAGCUGUUGCUGUACCUGUUGUCCUGUUGCUACUUCUCGUACCAGCAGUUGUUGUCGCAGUAUUCUUCUACCGGAGGAGAAGGCAGUCAAGAUCCAAAGGUGCUAGUGAGAGAUCUGUGCGACUUGGUGACCUUAAAAACGAUGAUGAAAACCUAACCGCCAGUACAUCAGAUCUGGUUUAUCAGAAUAUAGGAGACAUUCGUCAGUCAAUUAAAGGUACUUUAUUAUAG